UAGUGUCAGAAAUAUAACAAUAACAAUGGACCGGCGAGAAGAUGCUUUGCGACAGGCCCUCGAUAAUAAUGCUGCCGAAACGGAGCGGUGGCAGACUUUUAAAAGCGACAAUGAGAGCGCCAUCAGGAAUCUGGAAAUGUUCGUCCGUAAGCUCAGCGUGGAGGUUAUGGUUCCCAUUGGCAAGAAGGCUCUUAUGCCCGGUGAGCUGAUCCACACGAACGAACUCCUAGUGGGCCAUUAUGAGGGCUACUUCUCCCAAUGCUCCGCGCACAAAGCCCAGGAGAUCUGUCGACACCGCCUGAAAAUCGCCGAUGAGCAGCUGAAAAAGCUCCAAGCUGAGGCAGAUCUGUGGCAAAACAAGCUCAGUACCCCUCUCACCGAAGGUGCAGUGGCAAGUGGUGAUCAGGUGGAGAUUGUGGAAGAUUUCAAUGAGGAGUCGCACAACAAGUGGAUGGCAGAACACAGGGAACGAGUGCGACGGCAGAAGGAAGAGGAGCGUCUGAAGCGGCAGGCAGAACCAGCAGGCAGUGGCGAUGAUGUACUGAGAAAGCUAGAAGAGCGGGAGAUGAUGGAGGAAUUGGGCCUGGAUCCAGACAACCUCAGCCAGGAAAUGUUGGAUGAUAUUUUGAAUCCAGAACCCGCCGUCGUAGAUCCAAUUCCUGCAGCGUUAACCGAAGAGCAGGAGUCUGAAAUCUGGAAGAAGCUCGAAGCUCAAGAGGAAAGCGAAAAAACGAAAGAUCUCGGUGCCGAGGAAGAGGAAAGCCUUAGAAGUACGGAAAUUCUUUUGAGACAACUAAUGUCUGGUGAUAUGGAGACAACCUCCUCAAAAAAGCGUGUAGGACGAGACAAACUGGCUCCUGAAAGCGCAGAACAAAAAUCGGAUGUUAAAGACACCGUCGGAAAGGAGGAUCAAAAAUCUGUGGAUAGUGACGAGGAAGAUGAGGCGGAGGAAGUGCAAACAAUUCGAGAACAAAUGUCCAUGUUGCCAAUCGAAGAACGUGAACCCUUCCUCAGAUCACAGAUUCAGAUACUGACGGCAAAAAUGCGUAAAAUACAGAAAGUAAACUUCAUUAGCGAUGAACUGGUACACUUGAUGAAUGUGGUGGUUAUGCUGGAGGACGAUCUUCAGGACAUGCUGUGCGACUUAGAGCUGGAAGCCAGUGAUGCUGAGCAAGUCGAAGAGGUCGAAGCUCCCGAAGAAGCCCCAGCAGAGCCUGAAGUUGUACCAGAACCUAGUACGAAAACGCGCCGCAUCUCCUUCGCUGCCGCAGACGAGAAACUAGAAUUCCGACGAGAAGAGACUGUGGCGGAAAUGUUGCCCAAUGCCAGGAAAAAUUCCAGGGACGUAAUACGCUUGGAUGAGCCAAUAAAACCGCCAACGAAAGAAAUCGCCAAGAAGAAAGAAAACAAACCCAGCACAAACAUUCUGCAAAAAGUCGAGAAAAACAUCGAUUUUGUCAAGGAGAAUCAAAGUGUCCAAGACUUUGACUUGCUCAACCAGAUUCUGGAGGAGUCCACAGGACGUAUUAACACAUUACACAUAAGUUUUAACCAUUCCAAUGCAGUAUCUGCCCCUAAAUAUGAUACAGAAGUCGCCAUCCCAGGGACUCCAGCAGAUUUCUAUGAAAAGUACGAAAAAGACAGAGCCCAGGCGAAUGCAUCGUUUCCUAUAUUUGUUAAUGGCUUCGAAGGAGAGGAUCAGGUGAAAGUGCCAAUCAUGACCGAAGCUUCUCGUGAAGCGGCCUACGAAGAUCCCAGAAGUCAGGUAGGUAGAAUAAAAAGGGUGCAUUCAUUUUCUGAUAAUCCUCUUCAUUUUUAGUUUUCCAAACCGGGAUCUUCUGGUAACGAGUCCAGUGGCCCAGAAGGCAGUACCAAGUCGAUACUCCGCAACAAAUCGGCCGUGGAGCAGGAGCCGCACAUUGCCAACCAACAAAAGGAAUUGAAGAAAGUUGGAAAGAAGGGAAGGAAACCAAAGAAGAAGGAGCGCACCCUGGACGAUGAUCUGCGCGACAUGAGUGCCUAUCAGAAGGUGAUGCACGAGCUUGUGGAGAAGGAGCCGGCCCAGGAGACGCCGGAGCCACUGCCCCAGGGCAAGUUCAUCGAUACGCAUGCCCCAAAGAAGCGGGUCAGCCGCUUCAAGGAACAGCGGAAUCGUAGUAAGACGUAGCAGAGGAGAGAAACUGAGAGUUUAGCGGGAAAUUACUCAUAUAUUUGUUCAAGUUUUAUGUGGAUUUGUAUUACAAACACAACAAACAAUAAACAACUACUCGUGUGGUGUA